GACAUACAAGAAUUUUCCUUCAAAAUAUCCCGACGCUCCAUUGCUCAGAAACUUAAAAAGCCAACGCUCGCAAGUCGCACCUGCAGCGCUAUUCUAUAUAGCCUAUAUAACAAUUGGGCAUUUGGUUUCCCUGCUCUUCGACGAUCUCUGUGCUUGUUUUUCUGGGUCUAAUACUUGCUUGUAAAAUAAUUUGAUAGAUAUUAAAUAUACUACGUAGAAGAUGGGUACUGCGGAGCCCAACUUGGAAAAUUUUUUUGAGGAGAAGAAGCGCGUCAGGAACCCUCUUGUUCCUAUUGGUGCCCUUCUGACAGCCGGGGUGCUCACGGCUGGCUUGAUCAGUUUCAAACAAGGCAAUUCUCAUUUGGGUCAGGUGUUAAUGAGAGCUCGUGUGGUUGCCCAAGGUGCUACGGUAGCCCUAAUGGUUGGUACUGCUUACUACUAUGGGGAUAAUCCCUGGCGAUCAACAUAAAUUCUGUACACUGCUUUGGAUCUUUUCUUCUAACAUGUUAUGUUAUUGAUUUUGGUGACCGGAUCAGGACGAUCGUCCUUUUCAGCUCCAUGCACCUUUGCAAGUUUGCUUAUACAAUCAUAUAUAUAUAUAUAUGUAUGCCAAUCAUGUUACGGCUAUUCUGAAUAAAUUAAAGUUUCUUAGA